AUGAUAGGCUAUUUUAUUGCACUUAUUCAACCAUUGCUGUUAUGUAUUACUCUUCUAGUCCUCUCAAUUGUCAUCUGCCUUCCAAUACUGGUGUACUUUCUUCCCCACUACACACAGUUCAUCUUCUUCCUCAACUUCCGACGUCUGCCGAACACCGAUUACAAUGAUCUGGCGUCGAAUAAUGUUACGUCAAUCGGAAGAUCGCUUCACUUGCCAGGAAAAAGCGGAAAAAUUGGUGUAUGGCAUAUUUUGCCGCAUAAAUUAAGUUUGGAAUGGAGAACGGAAGGAAAACAUCCAACAAACAGUGAUUUUGAGGAGAUGAUGAGAGAUUCAGAAGACAAAAUCAUUUUCUACGCACAUGGAAACUCGUUCGAUCGGACGUUCUAUCAUCGUGUCGAAAUGUACAACUUGCUCAGCGAACGCAACUAUCAUGUCGUGUGUUUUGACUACAGAGGCUAUGGUGAUUCUGAAGGAACUCCAACUGAGAUUGGAAUUAUUGAAGAUGCAAGAUCAGUAUACGAAUGGUUGAAGGAAAAAUGCGGAAAGACUCCCAUUAUUGUUUGGGGACAUUCUAUGGGAACAGGUGUAUCGUGCAAACUUGUUCAAGACCUGUCGAAAGAACAACAACCUCCGUGUGGUCUAAUUCUCGAAUCUCCAUUCAACAAUCUGAAAGAUGCAGUCACAAACCAUCCAAUCUUCACAGUUUUCAGUUGGAUGAAUGAUUUUAUGGUGGAUCGUAUCAUCAUUAGACCGCUAAAUAGCGUCGGUCUCACCAUGCAAUCCGACAAACGCAUCAGAUCAGUAUCUUGUCCGAUAAUAAUCCUCCACGCAGAGGACGACAAAAUUCUGCCCGUUAAAUUAGGUAGAGCACUGUAUGAAGCGGCUAAAGAGGCCGAUCGAGAUAUUAGAUUCCAAGAAUUCUCAUCUGACGACGGACUCGGUCACAAAUUCAUUUGUCGUUCACCCCGAUUGCCGCAAAUUAUAGAAGAAUUCGUCGGGAGUAUAACUCCACCAUCAACUACAACAUCAUCAUAA